AGGUUCUCCACGUAUACAGAUAAAGAACCCUUGGUUCCACAUCAUCAUUUCUUCUUUUUUUUCUUUCUUUCCUUUUCUGUUUCGAAAGAACACGCUACAACUACUACUACCUCUUCUCUUCAACUCUUUCACCGUUCUCUCUCUCAGUUUUUCAGUUGAGUUUCUCAGUUUUCUUCAUACAUGGCAGUGAAAUUGCACAGCAACAACAACUUUCUACCGUUAAGGACAAGCUCUUCGAAUUGUCGGAUUGUUAAGGGUUCCCAUAGUGCGGGGAGAAAGGUUCCGGACUUUCGUUGCGUGCUAUUAAGUAAAUGGGGUAGUUCGAGAAAGGGAUGUCUCAUACGGCGUGGUUUGUUGUCGAGCAGUGAUCGUGGUUUGGUAGGCUGUAGAAAAUUCUAUCUAAUAUUUUCUAAGCCUAGAAGUAGGGUACACCUGUUUCCGUUUGCCUCCGGUGACGACGGUAUGGCUGUCAAUGGGAGCCCGGAAGCUGGCACGAGUACUGACCUUGAGAAACUGAGGUUGAAAUUGAAUAGGUCACUGGAAGAUGAAGACUUCUGUGAUGGACUAGUCCAAGCAUUGUAUGAUGCAGCCAGGGUUUUUGAGCUUGCAGUUAAAGAGCAUAAAUCGCACUCACGAGGAUCUUGGUUUUCAAUGGCCUGGCUUGGAGUUGAUCAAAAUGCAUGGGUGAAGGCACUGUCAUGUCAGUUCACAAAAACUGAGAAACAGUUUGCAUCUCAGGCUGCUGUGUACUCCUUAUUGCACGCUGCAAAUGAAAUUUCGGCCGAAAGCGAUGGUAGGGACAGAAAUGUCAAUGUAUUUGUUCAAAGGAGUUUGCUGAGGCUAUCUGCUCCCCUGGAGAGCUUAAUUAGAGAAAAACUAUCAGCCAAACAGCCUGAAGCGUAUGAGUGGUUUUGGUCUGAGCAAGUUCCCGCUGUAGUGACAUCCUUUGUUAAUAAGUUUGAAGGGGAUGGACGCUUUACUGCUGCUAUCACCUUGUCUGGAAAAAAUAAGGGUUUAAGCAGUGCAAGUGACGUCUCACUUCUCCUGCUUGCACUUACAUGCAUUGCUGCAAUUUCUAAACUUGGCCCAGCAAAAGUUUCUUGUUCACAAUUCUUUUCCAUGAUCACGGAGAUAACGGGUAGUUUAAUGGACAUGCUGGCUGGCUUAAUUCCUGUAAGUCAAGCUUAUAAUUCUAUAAAGGAAGUUGGUCUACACAGAGAAUUUCUUGUACAUUUUGGUCCUCGAGCUGCAGCUUGUAGAACAAAAGCUGAGUGGGGCUCAGAAGAGGUUUCUUUCUGGGUAAAUCUUACCCAGAGUCAGCUGCAGCAAGCAAUUGAUAAGGAGAAAAUAUGGUCGAGACUGACAACAUCCGAAAGUAUUGAGGUUUUGGAGAAGGAUUUGGCUGUAUUUGGGUUCUUUAUUGCUUUAGGCAGAAGUACGCGGUCAUUUCUUUUGGCAAGUGGUUUUGAAACUGUAGAUGAUCCAGUUGAAGAUUUCAUCCGGUAUCUUAUUGGGGGCAGUGUUUUAUACUACCCACAGCUCUCAUCCAUUAGUUCAUAUCAGUUGUAUGUGGAGGUUGUUUGUGAAGAAUUGGACUGGCUUCCUUUUUAUCCAGGAAUCACCAGCGUUACAAAACAGAUGCAUAUGCAUAAAAGUAAACCAGAAGGUCCUCCAAAUGCUGAAGCUAUGGCCCAAGCAUUUGAUGUUUGCUCUCAUUGGAUGCAGAGCUUUAUUAAAUACAGUACAUGGCUGGAGAGCCCCUCAAAUGUAAAAGCAGCUGAGUUUCUGUCAACAGGGUGUAACAAGUUGAUGGAGUCCAUGGAAGAGCUUGGGAUGUUAAAGGAUAAGAAAUUGGAGAGUGAUGCCAAGAAAACAGUUGACAGAUAUAGAUCCACAGAUCAGCCAAUGAUGAAAAAGUCAGAUUCUUUUGAUGAGGCACUGAAAAGUGUUGAAGAUGCUGUGGUCAGACUGGAAAAGUUGCUUCAGGAAUUGCACGUAUCAAGCUCUACCUCUGGAAAAGAGCAUUUAAAAGCAGCCUGCUCUGACCUGGAAAAAAUACGAAAACUUAAGAAAGAAGCUGAAUUCCUGGAGGCAUCUUUCAGAGCUAAAGCUGAUUCUCUGCAAGAGGGAGUUAAUAGUGGUCGUACCUAUGUACAAGAUGACGGGUAUGCAAAAGGGAAAAGCAGAAAGAAUGACAAUGUAAAGGUGGACAGGAGCAAAAGGAAUGUUGGAAAAUCUAGUGGGUUCUGGAGCAUCUUUAUACGUCCUGUCACCAGAAAGCCUGACCUGGAAUCUGAUCUGGAAAACUAUAAUGAGCAGUCUACACCAAAUGUAGGGGCUGUGGAGCAAGAAUCCAAUGAAAUCUACCGCUUUGAGAUUCUGAGAAAUGAGCUACUAGAACUUGAGAAACGGGUUCAAAGAAGCGCCAAUCAAUCACAAAGUAAUGAGGAUUUGAUGGUUAGCGAUGAUAGUGGCCGUUACAACAAUGAUGCUAGAGGUGUUCAGAUUGUCAGGGUUCAGAAGAAAGAAAGUAUGCUACAGAAAUCUCUAGACAAACUAAAAGAAACGGGAACGGAUGUCUGGCAAGGAACUCAACUUCUUGCUAUUGAUGUUGGUGCUGCCACAGGUUUUGUUAGAAGGGCCCUAAUAGGGGAUGAAUUGACGGAGAAGGAGAAAAAAACGCUAAAAAGAACCUUGACGGACAUGGCUUCAGUUGUUCCUAUUGGUGUUUUAAUGCUUCUUCCGGUUACUGCUGUUGGUCAUGCAGCUAUGUUGGCUGCUAUUCAGAGAUAUGUACCAGCUCUGAUUCCGUCCACGUAUGCACCAGAGAGGUUAGAUCUGUUGAGGCAGCUUGAGAAAAUGAAGCAAAUGACAGCCAGUGAUAUGAACGCUGAAGAGGAAGGGGAUGAAGUUAAAUGAUCAGGAGCAUUGAAGAUUUAUGUAUAGCUAUCAAAACUUAACAUUCUUUCUGGCCUGAUCAAAAUUGGAUUGGCUUUGUUCUCCACUUUCUGGAAAUUUGUCAUCAGUGCCGAAUUUCUUAGAUAGAAGUUGGGCAUAUAGAAGUUCAUUCCACGUGUCCGGAACGCCGGGCAAACACCAGUGGCUACAAUCCUGAGGAGCAUCAGGUGGAGUGCCCGGUUCCCGAUAUUUUGAAGGGUGACCAUCUUUCCUCAAUUCUGAAAGAUAUGUGAUGUUCAAAAAGUGGACUUUCCAGCUCCCAUAUUGCAUUUGUUCGACAACAUCAGAUAUAAAUGUGUUAUAAUAUGGUUCAGUUGCAAGUUUUGUAUGGUCCUUUUCUGGUUCCUUUUCCAUGUCGCACUCUCCUCCUUCAUUCCAUGUGCCAUUCCUGCAAAUUCACUGUAAAUACUCUUAUGAGGGAGUUCAGUGCCUAUCUCAUCACAACCCCUCCCCUCAUUACAUUAACACAAAAGAAAAUCCUGUCAUAAUGAAAAAUGCAUAUUUCUGAUUUAUAGAAA